GGCGUGGGGCUCCUUUACCUGCUGCAUGGCAGCCUCUGUCACCACGCUCAACUCCUACACCAAGACGGUCAUUGAGUUCCGGCACAAGCGCAAGGUCUUUGAGCAGGGCUACCGAGAGGAGCCGACCUUCAUAGACCCUGAGGCCAUCAAGUACUUCCGGGAGAGGAUCGAGAAGGGGGAUGGAAGCGAGGAGGAGGACUUUCGCUUGGACUGCCGCCACGAGAGAUACCCCACCCGACACCAGCCGCACAUGGGGGACUCCUGGCCCCGGAGCUCGGCACAGGAGGCACCAGAGCUGAACCGCCAGUGCUGGGUGCUAGGGCACUGGGUGUGACCAAGAUCCCAGCCCUGUCCCUGGACCUCAGGCCAUCGCUGGCACCGUCCCCUGCCGCAAGACCACCAGUCUGGUGCCCCUGGAACCCUGGCCUGUGGGCUGUGAACUCAGCCAGCCUGCGUGGGAGACACCAGGCCCGUCCUGCCCACUGCUGCCUGGGUCCCAGGGCCCUGGAA